AUGUCGUCCGGAAACUUCCUCCCAGAUUUGUCUCCUCCUGACGUGCAAAAAGCAGCUCAAUUGAUACAACAAGCAUAUUCGAGCGCACAUGCCCAGGUGGAUCAACGGCGGAUCCAGCAAGAGCUGGUCGAGAUUCAGAGACGACCUGAGGCAUGGGGGUUGAUUGUACCUUUCAUCGAGCAUCCAGACCCAAAUGUACAAUUUUUUGGCGCACAUACCGCGCAGGUUAAGAUCAUGCGUGAUUGGGAUUCAUUUCCUGAAGAAAACGCCGAACAUCUACGAGACUUGCUGCUCAAGCUCACCUCGCACUCGAUAUUGACUGGAAAGGGCAAAGUAGUAUACCGCAAACUGUUUGUUGCAAUCACAUCACUUGCACUCCGCAUUGCGCCGGGUUCACCCUCAAGGUGGCCGGACUGGAUAGUGUCGGCAGUCAAUACUCUCUCUUCCUCUGGCAUGCCUCCAGAACAACUCCUUGCCUUCCUUACCAUAGUCGCUGAAGAGGUCGAAACAGCCGACCUUCUAGGGCCCAGUAAGAUGCAAAUGCAUCAAUCUCUUCUGGACGCUUCUCCGAUGGUCGUUCAAGCUGUCAUAACAUCUAUCACUCGACCUACUCUCAUAUUGCCUGAACUACAAUCCGCACUCAAGUGCUUUCAAGCAUGGAUAUACACAUUACGGGCCAAUGACAUCACACCCAUUAUUCCACUGUUGAUUACGAUAAUGAUGCCCUCACCAGACUCCGGAUUCGACGGGUCCACCUUCUCAGCGGCUUCUGAUGUUUUACAGGAGAUCAUGACGAGGUCUUCGUUGGCCGGAGGUGCGGGUACAGGCACGUUGACAGAGCCUCUUCUCAUUUGGCUUGAUGGUUAUGGAGAUCCCGGUUCAAUCGAUGGUGUAUCUCAUUCACUUUGUAAACUACUGGUUGCCCUGGGAGACCACUCCACCAUGUAUUUCGCCUCCAACAUCACAUCGUUAAAACCUAUACCUGGAACACCCUACCGGCGCGCCUACUUUGUGCAGAAGUUCUUACACCUCCUUUUGAAAUAUACCGGACUACAGGGUUAUUACGGUGUCGACGAAGAGGAGAGCGAGAUGACUCUUGGCUUUUGGUACCUCUUUCAGGAGUCGUUGUGGAGCGUGGAGUACGAAGACCAAGCUGAGGAUCAAGGUGGUAUACCUUCGCUCCUUGACGUCAAGGAAAAGGAACAAUGGGCCGUCGUGAAUGCGGUAUACGUUCAACUUGUGGAGAUACUGAGAAGGAAAGUGAUGUGGCCAGACCAGCGUACUCUCAGUUACUGGGCAAAAGAGCAACGUUCAUCAACUCGCAUGGCGUUAACGAUUUGCAGAUAUCGGAGGGACGUCGGUGAUACCCUGAUCAAUGCAUAUUACAUCCUGCGAAAUGACAUGCUGGGGUACUUCCUUGAGGACAUGCAAAAGCGCUUUGCGCAAUCGGAUGGAUCCCAAGGAUGGGAGGAAAUUGAAGCCACGUUGCACUGUAUCAUGUCGAUUCAAGAGGCGGUACCGCUGGAAGACAACCCCUUCCUCGCUCGGCUGUUCGGACCUGAUGUACUUGGUCGUUUGCCAACUUCAGGUCAGGAUCGAAUACGUAGAACGAUGCUUGGCUUGAUUGCGGCGUACUCAACAUGGUUCACCAAGGCACCAACAUCUACCUCAACUCCGUCUCUUCUGAUGAACGCCAUUUCUUACGUCGUUGCUGCUCUGCCGGAGCCUGCGUUAUGCCUUCCGGCAGCAAAUGGCCUUCGUGAUCUGUGCGAUGCUAAUCGUGCUGCGCUUGCGCCUCAUAUUGGAGCGUUCGCGGAGCUGCAUGCCGGACUGAGUGGUAUUCCGGAUACGGAAAAGAGCAAGGUUCUUCAAUCAAUCGCGAGUGUAAUACAGGCAUUACCACCUGAAGAGGAGAUUCCUCCCAUCCAGGCGAUUGUUAACCCAGUAGUCGAAAAACUAGCACAAGUCCUGCAUGUUUCGUCCCAGCUCGUGGACGAAACUCGUAUCAUCAUCAUUUCCCAGCUUCAGACAUUGUCGGGGGUAGCCAAAGGUCUCACACGCACGCAAGACUCGUUGCUUAUCCUUGACGAAUCGCCCGAAGAGAGAGCCGAAGCUGAGCGCCUACAACGAGCACGUGACAACUACACUAUGGCGAAAGUUCGUGAAGACCUGUUCAACACGAUAAGAAAUGUAGCCACAUUCUGGUCCACGGAUGCUGGUGUCUCAGAUGCAUUGAGUGACUUUUUCCGUUCGAUAACUUCUUUGCCUUCGGAUAUCACCCUGCUUUCGCUUCCUGCAGCUCCGAUUUUUGAGAUCAUAUGUCUUGCAUGCCAGAGGCAACUCACGGCUGUAUGGCUGUCUUUAGCAACCAUGCUCGUCAUACAGCUUGAUCCGCCGGUGUUGUUUUCGACCUCGACGCUUAAACCCACACCAAGUCCUGAGGCGCUGGGGGUGAUCUCGACUCUACUACCAGUACUGCUUGAAGCAUCGCUAGGAGUACUGGGACAGCCUGGGGCGAUGGAAGCUAAUCCUGACAUCGUGCAGGCAUUUUUCGGAUGCAUGGAUACCAUUGCAAAGCAUUUCCUCGUGGGAUUUUACCGACUACCACCCGGCGCCCUCGAUGCAUUGAUGCAAUGCGCUGUGACUUCGUUGUCGCUGCAAGAGCGAUAUUCGCUUGUUGCAACAUGCACUUUUCUGGAAACGCUCAUAAGGCGAACAGCCAGUAGUGAUGAUCUGGGAGAUGCAAGUCUAAUACUAAUCCAAGGGCAUGGUCGGCCGAUCCUACGAGCCAUUUUGUGUGGCUUCGCGGGUGUGGCGCCAAGAUCCGCGACGCAGAACCUGAUUGAGCUGUUAUCCAUAGUAGCGUCCAAGUUCCCCGCAGAAACGAGAACGUGGAUGACUGAUAUCUUGUUUGCGGAUGACUUUGUGCAGUCAAAGGCAGGCCCGGAGGCGAAGCGAAUUUUCGUAAAAGCUAUCAUUGGAUCUCGAUCGCCGAAGAAAACGAGGGAAGCAGCACAGCAGUUUACACUUGUCGCCCGGGGCCUGGAAGGUACUAGCUUCGGAUAUGCGUCUGUUAAUAUUUGA